AUGUCAUUCUUCAACGCGCCGACGACGACCGCGACUACGGCCGUUCAGGGAGAUAAGGAUAUCGAGGUCGCCGACCCUCCCUCGGACUCCAUCUCGUCCCUCUCCUUCUCGCCGCAGGCUGACUACCUCGCUGUAGGGAGCUGGGAUAAUAACGUACGCAUUUACGAAGUGAGCCAGAAUGGUCAGACGCAAGGGAAGGCGAUAUUUCCACACCAGGGGCCCGUGUUGAGUGUAUGCUGGAACAAGGAUGGAACGAAAGUGCUAUCAGGCGGCGCAGACAACGCGGCCAGGAUGUUUGACACCCAAACAGGCCAGCCUACACAGGUCGCCCAGCACGACGCGCCCAUCAAGUGCGUGCGAUGGAUUGAAAUGCCACAGGGUGGCAUCCUCGUCACUGGCAGCUGGGACAAGACAUUGAAGUACUGGGACGUACGCACACCGACUCCAAUUUCCUCAGUGCAGCUGCCAGAGCGGUGCUAUACGUUGGAUGUUGUGUACCCGCUGAUGGUUGUCGGCACGGCUGAGCGGCACAUCCAGAUUUUCAACCUCACGAAUCCCACCAGCCCGUUUAAGACCAUCGUAUCACCACUCAAGUGGCAGACCCGAGUCGUCUCGUGUUUCCCCCAAGCGAAUGGAUUUGCAGUUGGUAGCGUCGAGGGCCGAGUUGCAAUUCAAUAUGUCGACGAGAAAGAUGUCUCUAACAACUUUUCUUUCAAAUGCCAUCGGCGAGACGCAUCGGCGGCAGCCAAAGACCAGUCACUCGUGUAUGCCGUCAAUGACAUCUCUUUCCACCCCGUGCAUGGAACAUUCUCCACUUGUGGCUCUGACGGCACGAUUAACUACUGGGACAAGGAUGCGCGUACGCGCCUCAAGUCUUUCGAGCCCGCGCCUGGACCCGUGCCCACGACCAGCUUCAACCGAAAUGGCACGAUCUUCGCGUACGCUGUCUCAUACGACUGGUCCAAGGGACACUCGGGCAUGACACCUGGCCACCCAAACAAGAUCAUGCUGCACGCAUGCAAAGACGACGAGGUGAAACGCAAGCCGGCGAAGCGAUGA